GCAGGCAGAACGUCUUCAGGACUGCCAGAGUCAAUCCAGGGUUUGUUUUCUCAUCCCUAACUUUCUCAUUGCUGACAUUUUUCAUUUCAGUGGUAAUAAUAAGAGAGGAGGAGAAGGACCUCUCUUAACACUGAAACAGUUCAAUAUUUGACCAUGGCUAUAAAUACCAGCCCAAAUGCAGCAGGGUUUUAUGCAGAAGAAAACAAAGAUAACGUAUAUGAAACUGUUCUUGGCGAGAUCAAGUACUUGGAGCUGCCUCUCGGAAUCACUUUAGGGUCUGUAUAUGAUGAUCAACCAAAUGCACAUCAAAAGUUUAUGGAAAAGCUGGAUGCAUGUAUACGCAACCACGACAAGGAGAUUGAAAAGAUGUGCAAUUUUCACCACCAAGGCUUUGUGGAUGCUAUUACGGAACUUCUUAAAGUAAGGGCUGAUGCAGAAAAACUCAAGGUCCAAGUUACUGAUACCAACCGAAGGCUUCAAGAUGCUGGGAGAGAGGUGAUUGCUGAGACAGAAGAAAUCAUCCACUGUAGACUUCAGCAGAGGAAUAUUACAACAGUGGUUGAAAAGCUGCAGUUGUGUCUUCCGGUACUGGAGAUGUACAGCAAACUAAAAGAGCAGAUGAAUGUAAAAAGAUAUUAUUCUGCUUUAAAGACUAUGGAACAGCUAGAAAACAUCUACUUUCCUAGAGUUAGUCAGUAUCGGUUUUGUCAGAUAAUGAUUGAAAACCUUCCAAAACUUCGUGAGGAAAUUAAAGAGAUUUCCAUGUCUGAUCUGAAGGACUUCCUAGAGAGUAUUCGGAAGCAUUCGGAUAAAAUUGGUGAAACAGCAAUGAAGCAGGCACAGCAGCAGAAAACCUUUAAUACUGGUCUCCAGAAGCAAAACAAUUUACGUUAUGGGAAGAGUCCAUAUAUAAAUAAUGAUGGCAUUCCAGAGCCAAGGAAUAAAAUUAUUUCAAAACAAAACCUUGAAGAGGAAGAGGAAGAACACGAAGAUGAGGUUUUGACAGCUCACGAUCUGGUAGAUUUUUCUCCUGUUUAUCGAUGCUUGCAUAUUUACUCAGUUCUGGGCGAUGCAGAGACAUUUGAAAAUUACUAUAGAAAACAAAGAAGGAAACAAGCAAGACUAGUGUUGCAGCCGCAGUCAAACAUGCAUGAAACGGUGGAAGGUUACAGAAGAUACUUCAGUCAGAUUGUAGGUUUUUUUGUAGUAGAAGAUCACAUUUUACACGUAACCCAAGGAUUGAUAACGAGAGCUUACACUGAUGAGCUUUGGAACAUGGCGCUUUCAAAGAUUAUUGCAGUCCUUAGAACUCAUUCGUCCUAUUGCACUGAUCCUGAUCUUGUUUUGGAGCUGAAGAAUCUGAUUGUUGUGUUUGCUGACACCUUGCAGGGCUACGGGUUUCCUGUGAACAGGCUCUUUGAUCUUUUAUUUGAGAUAAGGGACCAGUACAAUGAAACACUGCUUAAAAAAUGGGCUGUAUUGUUCAGGGAUAUUUUUGAAGCAGAUAAUUGCAGCCCGAUUCCCGUCUCAAAUGAAGAAGAGUACAAAAUUGUCAUUAGCAAAUUUCCCUUUCAAGAUCCGGAACUUGAUAAGCAGGGUUUUCCAAAGAAACUUCCAAUGUCUCAGUCAGUGCCUCAGAUUUAUAUCCAGGUCAAAGAAUUCAUUUAUGCAAGCCUUAAAUUUUCAGAGUCACUUCAUCGCAGUUCAACAGAGAUAGAUGAUAUGCUUAGAAAAUCUACAAAUUUGCUGCUGACUCGAACUUUAAGCAGUUGUUUACAGAACCUCAUAAAAAAGCCUCACAUAGGUUUGACGGAGCUGGUGCAAAUUAUCAUAAACACAACGCAUUUGGAACAAGCAUGUAAAUACCUUGAGGACUUUAUAACCAACAUUACAAAUAUUUCACAAGAAACUCUUCAUACUGCAAGACUCUAUGGUCUGUCGACGUUUAAGGAUGCGAGACAUGCUGCUGAAGGAGAAAUUUAUACCAAACUUAACCAAAAGAUUGAUGAAUUCAUCCAGCUUGCUGACUAUGAUUGGACAAUGAGUGAGCCAGAUGGGAGAGCCAGUGGCUAUUUAAUGGAUCUUAUUAAUUUCUUGAGGAGCACCUUUCAGGUUUUCACUCACUUGCCUAAUAACAACAAUGACCAUGCAGCUAUGUCGGGAAAAGUGGCCCAGACUGCUUGUAUGUCUGCUUGCCAGCAUCUGUCAACUUCCCUGAUGCAGAUGCUGUUGGAUAAUGAUUUAAAACAAAUUAGCAUGGGAGCCAUUCAGCAGUUUAAUUUAGAUGUCAUACAGUGUGAAUUGUUCGCCAACUCUGAGCCUGUACCUGGAUUCCAUGGAGAAACCUUACAGUUAGCAUUCAUCGACCUCAGACAACUUCUGGAUCUCUUCAUGGUGUGGGAUUGGUCGACUUACCUAGCCGACUAUGGGCAGCCCAGCUCCAAGUACCUGCGCGUCAAUCCAACCACCGCCUUGGCCCUCUUGGAGAAAGUCCACAGAGGAAUGAAAGACGUGAAGAAGAACAACAUCUUCGCCCAGUUCAGGAAGAACGACCGCGACAAACAGAAGCUCAUCGAGACGGUGGUGAGGCAGCUACGAGGCUUGGUGAACGGGAUGUCCCAGCACUCCUGAACGCCGGGCGUUUCAGGAGACCGGCGGGCGCAGGCCAAAAACUAAGCCUGCGUCUCCCCGGUUAGGGUACUUGCUCCAUGGACAACUGGAAAAGAUGCUGUGAAAGGGACCGGCCUAUGGAAACUGCCGGAGAGAACCUGAGCGUCUGCAUUGCUGUCAAUUAAUGCUAUUUUAACAACAACAACUUGUAAAAGGAAAGAAAAAAACCACACACACACACACACACACACACACACACACACACUAGUAGGGGUGGAAUGGGGCUGUAUAUUUACCAAGGCAAAAUGCCACAUUGUGCAUGCAACAGUGGGAUUGUAAAUAACUUUCUUUGCGGUCUGCGGGCAAUGCCUCAAGAUUCCCCCCUACCCAUUUCCAAAUGACUUGGUGGGGGUGAGAUUGCCACGCAAUCCGCCACUGCUGCUCCCUACACUAACCCCGAGGUCAUGUUUCCCAAAACAAGGAACUUUUUCUGUUUCAAUAAUUGCCUGUCUCUCUAAAUAUAAAUAUAAAUAUUAUAUAUAUAUAUAUAUUUACACACUCUCUCCUGUAUUAUUUGUAAAUUAUUAGCCUUAAUUGACCCAACAGGUUUUCUAUACCAGAUUUUCUUCUUUACUUUUCUUUUCUUUUUUGUAGUGGGGGCAAAAAA